ACGUGACCAGAGGGUCACCUUUACUUCCUGUUUAUGUCUAGCAGCUGAUAAGAUGUUUCGUUGUAUUAGUUUCAGUUCGUAAUGGCGGUCAUUCGGGUGUUUUUGUUGCUGCUGUGGUUCGGUUCGGAUGUGGUCCGGACCGCACCGGCUGGAAGAAGUUACCUGGCGGGAACAGGCAGGUUCUGGCACAUCACAGACCUCCACCUGGAUCCCACAUACCAGCUGUCUCCAGACCCCACCAAGGUCUGCUUCUCCUCCAAAGGGGUUCCUGCCGCCCACGCCGGGGUCUACGGUGACUUCCUGUGUGACUCCCCUUACAGCCUGAUCCAGUCAGCCUUCGCUCACAUGGCACCGCUCACACAGCCCCAGGACUUCAUCAUUUGGACCGGUGACAGUCCGCCUCACGUCCCUCCCGAUGAGCUCUCCACAGACAUGGUGAUCCAGGUGAUCAGGAACAUGACUCACACCAUCAGAGAGCACUUUCCAAACCUCACCGUCUACCCUGCGUUAGGAAACCACGACUACUGGCCACAGGACCAGAUGCCAGCCUCCACCAAUGCCAUCUAUAAAGCUGCUGCAGAGCUCUGGAAGCCCUGGUUGCAAAGUGAAGCUCUGCUCACACUUUCAGAAGGUGGUUUCUACUCCCAGCUGGUAAAACCUGGUUUACGGCUGGUUAGUCUGAACACAAUCCUUUACUACGGUCCUGACGAAGUCACCAGGGACAUGUCGGAUCCAGCUGGACAGUUUGAGUGGCUGCAGAAAACUCUGGAGUCGGCUGCUCAGAACCAGGAGAAGGUUUACAUCAUUGCUCACGUUCCGGUGGGUUACCUGCCUUUUGUCAAAAACACCGCCGCCAUUCAGAAACGCCACAACGAGAGGCUGGUCAGCAUCUUCAGGAAAUACGCUCCGGUUAUCGCCGGACAUUUCUACGGCCACACCCACCGGGACAGCAUCAUGGUGCUGCUGGACCAACGAGGUGAACCGGUGAAUUCCCUCUUCGUGUCGCCGGCGGUCACUCCCAUUAAAAAUGCUUUGGAGUUGUACUCCAACAACCCGGGCUUCCGCAUGUACCUGUACAACAGUCAGGACUACUCCAUGCAGGAUAUCUGGCAGUACUAUUUGAAUCUGACGGAAGCCAACCAGAAACAAAAGUCCGACUGGAGGCUUGAAUAUAUCAUGACUGAAGCGUUCGGACUGACUGACCUGCAGCCACAAAGCCUCCUUCAGCUGGGCCUGAGCUUUCUGGAGCCACAAACCAAAGCCUUCGACACCUACUUCAGCCACUUCAUGGUCAGCUACGACAGACGCAUCGUCUGUGAUGGGGACUGUAAGGUCAAGCAGGUGUGUGCCGUGCUCUACCUGGACCAGCAGACCUACUCCAAAUGUGCUGGAACCUCAGAUUAGCACGGAAUGGUUUGUAUUGGUUAUAAAAAAGCUGCAGGUCAAACUUCAUCUUUCAGGGUUUCCAAACGUGGAUUUUCAUCAAUUUGGAGAUUCUGAUGAAAGAUUAUUUAACUUUUGUCUGCUUGAUUUGCAGAAUUCUGUUCAUUCUGGAUCUUUUAAGGGAUCAAAUAUAAGAAAAGGGAAUCUGAGGUUUAAAAAAAUGAAUUACUUUAGUGUGAAUAUUUCAGUUUUUGCUGCUAAAAUGCUUCUAAAGAGGGCAGAGAAUGAUCAAAACUCAAGUUUUACAACUAAAACAAUGGAUAGAAUGGAUAGAAAAAGAAGAAUUUAUUCAAAUUAAUCAUAAAAAACUAUCAUAAAUACAAUACAAUAAAAAAAUGCAGUAGUACACAGGAUAAAGUCAUAGAAAUUACAAAAGGCAGAAAAAAAGUACAAUAAGAAAUAAAUAAAAUGACUAAACAGGUCUUUAAGAAGCUCAUGAUGUUUAAAAAUGACAAAAUUCGUUUUUACAGGUAUUAAUAUGGUUGCUCUGACCCUAUUUGACCUUCAUAUUUUUGAUAUGGACCAAUUUAUAAUCAAACUUAUCAAAAAAAUGCAAAGAAAUACAAAAAGGGAUCAUUUUUCUACAACUAAAACCAUCUUUUUUUGUGCCGUUGGUUUGCUAAACAUGUUCUUUCAAAAUAAAACCAAAAACGUUCUUGUAGUUCUUGAAGACUCUUUUGAACUUUCACAUUUAGACUAUGGUCACGUAUCCUAAAAAGCCACCGUGCGGCGGUCUAAAUGCAAGUUUUUCGGUAAAUUCGCAAGUUAGCAUUAAAGUUUAAGAUUUUAUGGCAACCGGACAUUUUUUUUAAAUAGAUUUAGUGACCACCUGGGCACAUUUGGAGGUCGCUCAAUGGUGGUCCAGUGUUUGCACUCGAUGAGGGCUGUUGACAUGGCAACAGGUAAUGACCAGACAUCAUCCCCAACGCCUGACGGCUGCCUGACUGCCACCCUCUACUUUCAAGACCAACGAUAUAAAAAAAAAAUUGGGCAGUUGUAUGAAAUCUUGAAGAUUCCGCCGAUUCAAUUCAAUAACUUUAUUGACAAAAUUGAGUGCAGUGCAGUCCUCUUCCGGUGCAAAAAAAGGAAAUUAUAAGAAAAGUAAAAUAAAACAAAACCAGAAAGACAAAAUCAAACACACACAUUCAUACAUUCAGCCACUGCAUGGCUCCAAUGUAGAGUUUAGAAAAAUCGCAUUAUAAGACACUCAAUUUCUAGCAGCAUUUAAAACUGUGAUUAAUAAAUAAAAAAAAAAAAAAACACUUUUUUAUCUAUUUCUCAUUGAUUUAGUUGCUCUGAUGUUGUAUUUGUGAAGUGCCGCUAAACAGGUUUUUCAAAAUAAAAGCAAAACUAUCUUGUAGUUGUUGCUGACGUUUUUGUUGUUUUUGUUAAACUUUAUUUACUUGACUGUCGUGUAAACCAAAGAGAAAUCCAGCUGCUAAAACAUCCACUCUAUGACUACUGCAAAUUCAUCAGAGACGAUGUGAUUUCCUGUUUGAAAUUUUGGACCAAAGAGGAAAUUUAAAUGGAUUCUGUUUAGUUAUCCAUCUGAUUUCUUUUUGUAAGAAAUAAACAAC